GUAAACCUGUCACACAAGCUACUUCCUGGUGUGAUUGGUGGGAAAACGCAAUGCUGCAUCAAAGAUGGCUUAUUAUCAACCUGCAUUUGAUUUAUUUAGGAAUAGUAGUGUGAAAGAAUAAGUGGCGCUCUCCGAGAAGACAAGGCGGAGAGCUGGUGGUAGCUGUCGCGAGCAGUGUUAGCACUCUCGCCGCACUACGCACCUCUUGCUCUCUACGUGCGCAAACGUUAACUUGCCUCUACUCUGCUAGCUAGUUAGCUCACAUAGUAAAUAUUAGCUCGUCAAGCAAGCUUGCUUAUUGUAGAUUACUAAAAUGGCCACCAUGGAGAAAUUGAUGAAGGCCUUUGAGUCUCUGAAGUCAUUCCAGCAGCAGCAGGGACCACCGACCGCCGAGGAGCUCGCUCAGAGGCAAAAAAAGGAGCAAGCUGCCACAAAGAAGGACAGGGUGACCCACUGUCUGACAAUAUGUGAAAACAUUGUGGCUCAGUCACUGAGAACAUCUCCAGAGUUUCAGAAACUGCUUGGCAUUGCCAUGGAGAUGUUCCUGCUCUGCAGUGAUGACAGUGAAUCAGAUGUUCGGAUGGUAGCCGAUGAGUGCCUCAACAAAAUAAUCAAAGCACUGAUGGACUCCAACUUGCCUAGACUGCAGCUGGAAUUGUACAAAGAAAUUAAAAAGAAUGGUGCCUCUCGGAGUCUGAGGGCAGCUUUAUGGAGGUUUGCUGAGCUUGCCCACCUCAUCAGACCGCAGAAAUGCAGACCUUACCUGGUCAACCUGUUGCCGUGCCUCACCAGAAUCACAAAGCGGCAGGAAGAGACUGUGCAGGAGACACUUGCUACAGCAAUGCCCAAGAUCAUGUCUGCCCUGGGACACUUUGCCAAUGAUGGUGAAAUCAAGGUGCUGCUGAAGGCAUUUGUGGCUAAUCUGAAGUCCAGCUCCCCGACCAUUAGACGGACAGCAGCCAGUUCAGCUGUUAGUAUUUGCCAGCACUCCAGACGCACCAGCUACUUCUACACCUGGCUCCUUAAUGUGCUUCUGGGUCUGUUGGUUCCAGUGGAUGAUGAACACCCCAGCCAUCUAAUACUGGGGGUGCUGCUAACCCUUCGUUACCUGAUGCCUCUGCUGCAGCAGCAUGUCAACUCCACUAGUCUUAAAGGAAGCUUUGGUGUCAUGAGAAAGGAAGCUGAUGUACAGCCAACACCUGAACAACUGCUACAGGUGUAUGAGCUAACCCUACACUACACACAGCACUGGGAUCACAAUGUGGUCACAGCUGCUCUGGAGCUGCUGCAGCAGGUUUUCAGGACUCCCCCACCAGAGCUUCUGCAUAUGCUCAUUACUGCUGGUAGCAUCCCACAUGCCACCGUUUUUCGUCAGGACACUGAGAACCGCUCACGUUCUGGCAGCAUCCUUGAAUUCAUUGCGGGGGGAGGGUCUUCCUGCAGUCCACUCCUUCUCAGGAAACAGAGAGGUAAAAUGCUCUCUGGAGAGGAGGAUGGGUUGGAGGAUGACCCUGAGAGGACUGAGGUCACUACUGGUGCUUUCACAGCAUCAGUUGUUGGUGCAGACGGCUCUUCUGCAGCCCAGGUGGACAUCAUCACUGAACAGCCUCGGUCUUCCCAGCAUGCUCUGCAGCCUGGUGAUUCUGUGGACCUCAGUGCCUCCUCAGAACAGGGCGGUGGCGGAGGUGGGACAUCUACAUCAGGCACUCCAGAGUCGCCCAAUGACAACGAGGAGGAAAUGCUGAGUCGGAGCUCCAGUGGUGGGGCAAAUGUUACCCCAGAGACUGCUGACUACACCACCCCAGAGAAUGCGACUCCAGAGGGAGGGCCUCUAGGAGAAAGUGGGACACUGCUAGGCACUAAUGAUCGCUCACUUCCACCCAGCGACUCCUCCCAAACCACCACAGAGGGACCGGACUCAGCUGUCACCCCUUCGGAUGUAGCAGAACUGGUUCUGGAUGGCAGUGAGAGUCAGUACUCUGGAAUGCAGAUUGGAACACUACAGGAUGAAGAAGAUGAAGGAACAGCACCUUCCUCCCAAGAAGAACCCCAAGAACCAUUCCUGCAGUCAGCACUUGCUCUUAGCAAGCCUCAUCUCUUCGACGGCCGCGGUCACAACCGGCAGGGUUCAGACAGCAGUGUGGACCGUUUCAUACCAAAGGAUGAACCUGCUGAACCCGAGCCCGAUAAUAAGCCAUCACGCAUAAAAGGUCCAAUUGGGCACUAUACAGACCACAGUGCGGAGCCACUAGUGCACUGUGUCCGGCUUCUUGCUGCUUCCUUCCUACUAACAGGACAAAAAAAUGGCUUGAUUCCUGACAAAGAGGUGCGAGUAAGUGUGAAAGCCUUGGCUCUCAGCUGUGUUGGAGCAGCGGCAGCGCUGCAUCCCGAAGCCUUCUUUAACUCCCUCUAUUUGGAGCCGCUGGACGGCGUUCCAGUUGUAGUCAACAUACACACUUGGCUGGCCAGUGUGCAGAGUGCAACAGGUAACCCACUGUCCCUGGUGGACUUGGUGCCUUUGCUUCAGAAGACUUUGAAAGAUGAAUCCUCUGUCACCUGCAAGAUGGCUUGCUCUGCAGUGAGGCACUGCAUCACGACUAUUUGCAGCAGUACCUUGAGUGAGCUUGGCCUGCAGUUGGUGAUUGACCUCUUUGCGCUGAAGGACUGCGGCUAUUGGCUUGUUCGCACUGAGCUCUUGGAAACUCUGGCAGAAUUAGACUUCCGAUUAGUUAAUUUUUUGGAGAGGAAAACUGAGACUUUACAUAAAGGAGAUCAUCACUACACUGGGCGUCUGCGGCUGCAAGAUAGAGUCCUGAAUGAUGUGGUCAUACAUCUGUUGGGAGAUGACGAUCCAAGAGUACGGCACGUGGCUGCCUCUGUGGUCAGAAGACUAGUUUCCAGGUUGUUCUAUGACUGUGACCAGGGCCAGGUUGACCCAGUGGUAGCAAUCGCCCGAGACCAGAGUUCAGUCUAUCUGCAGCUGCUUAUGCAUGAGACACAACCCCCAUCACAGUUCACAGUUAGCACAAUCACAAGGACAUACCGAGGCUACAACAUGUCCAACACUAUCUCUGAUGUCACGUUGGAGAACAACUUGUCCAGAGUAGUUGCUGCCGUCUCGCAUGCUUUGACCUCGUCUACCUCCAGAGCUCUAACUUUUGGCUGCUGUGAGGCUUUGUGCCUUCUAGCUUCAAAUUUUCCAGUGGGCAAUUGGAGCACAGGCUGGCACUGUGGCUACGUUAGCUCCAAUAGCAACUUUUCAUCCCGUUCUAGUCUUAACCGCAGUAGGGGCAGAACCCUCAGUUUAUCACAGCCUAGCAGUGCUCCAGCCUCUUCAACCACCUCAUCUGCACCAGAUGCAGAGCGGAGGACUCUGACUGUAGGAAUUGCCAACACAGUGCUCUCCUUAUUGUCUUCUGCCUGGUUUCCACUGGAUCUCUCUGCGCAUCAGGAUGCACUGUUACUUUCUGGAAACCUCAUAGCUGCUGUGGCUCCUAAAUGUAUGCGCAAUCCCUGGGUUGGGGAGGAAGAAGGCAGCAGUGGGACCAGUAGUGGAGGCCCAAGUAAGUUGGAGGAACCCUGGGCUGCGCUAUCAGAACGCUCCCUGGUGGUCAUGGUGGAGCAACUCUUUUCCCAUCUGCUGAAGGUCCUCAACAUCUGUGCCCAUGUGUUGGAUGAUACACCACCAGGACCAGCAAUGAAGGCCACUCUCCCCUCCCUGAGCAACACCCCCUCCCUCAGUCCCAUUCGUAGGAAAGGCAAGGAGAAGGAGGUUGCCGACCCCAGUGCCACCCCUAUGAGCCCAAAGAAAGGCAGUGAGGCCAACACAGGUAGGCCAACAGACAGUACAGGCUCAACAACUGUAAACAAAUCGACCACCUUUGGCAACUUCUACCACCUGCCUCCCUACCUCAAGCUCUAUGAUGUGCUCAAAGCUACGCAUGCCAACUAUAAGGUUACGUUGGACCUUCACAGUAGCCAAGAAAAGUUUGGAAGUUUCCUGCGCGCUACAUUAGAUGUUCUUUCUCAGCUGCUGGAGUUAGCCACACUUCAUGACAUCGGGAAGUGUGUGGAGGAAAUUUUGGGCUACCUCAAGUCCUGCUUCUCCAGAGAACCAACCAUGGCCACAGUUUGUGUGCAACAGCUGUUGAAGACACUAUUUGGGAACAACCUGGCCUCCCAGUAUGAGGGCGUGUUGAGUGGACCCAGUCGGUCCCAGGGCAAAGCUCUACGUCUUGGCUCUUCCAGCUUGCGGCCAGGACUCUACCACUACUGCUUCAUGGCUCCAUACACUCACUUCACCCAGGCUCUUGCUGAUGCAAGCCUCCGUAACAUGGUGCAGGCUGAACAGGAUCAGGAUACCUCUGGAUGGUUUGAUGUAAUGCAAAAAGCAUCCAAUCAACUGAGAUCCAGCAUCACAAAUGCAGCGCGUCACAGAGGAGACAAGAAUGCCAUUCAUAACCACAUUCGACUGUUUGAGCCGUUGGUGAUCAAAGCUUUGAAGCAGUAUACCACCAGCACAUCUGUGGCGCUGCAAAGACAAGUACUGGACCUGCUUGCUCAGCUUGUGCAGCUCAGAGUCAACUACUGCCUGCUAGACUCAGACCAGGUGUUCAUUGGCUUUGUCCUGAAACAGUUUGAGUACAUUGAAGUGGGGCAGUUCAGAGAUUCAGAGGCCAUCAUUCCCAACAUCUUUUUCUUCCUGGUGCUACUGUCUUAUGAACGCUACCACUCCAAGCAGAUUAUCAGCAUUCCCAAGAUCAUCCAGCUGUGUGAUGGCAUUAUGGCAAGUGGCAGAAAAGCUGUCACACAUGCCAUCCCAGCCUUGCAGCCUAUAGUUCACGAUCUGUUUGUCUUGAGGGGCUCAAACAAAGCUGAUGCAGGCAAGGAGCUGGAUACACAGAAAGAAGUUGUGGUCUCCAUGCUGCUAAGACUUGUGCAGUACCAUCAGGUGUUGGAGAUGUUCAUUCUUGUACUGCAGCAGUGUCACAAAGAGAAUGAAGACAAGUGGAAGAGAUUAUCCAGACAGAUUGCAGACGUCAUACUUCCCAUGAUUGCCAAGCAGCAGAUGCAUCUGGACUCUCCAGAGGCAUUAGGAGUAUUAAACACUCUGUUUGAGACGGUGGCACCCUCCUCUCUCAGACCUGUUGACAUGCUGCUCAAGAGUAUGUUCACCAUCCCAGCCACCAUGGCAUCUGUAGCUACAGUCCAGCUGUGGGUAUCUGGUAUCCUGGCAGUGCUUAGGGUACUGGUCUCGCAGUCCACUGAAGACAUUGUGCUUUCCCGUGUCCAUGAGCUGGCACUCUCUCCAAAUCUCCUCUCUUGCCACGCUAUCCGCCGCCUGCAUCAGCAUAGCCCCUCCCCAAACGACCCGCCUGCUGCUGACACAAUCUACAAACAGGAAACUAAUGGUGAAACGCAAAAGGCUCCACCUGAGGAAACAUUUGCCAGAUUCCUUCUCCAGCUUGUAGGUGUGUUGUUGGAUGACAUUUCAACCAGGCAGGUUAAAGUAGAGAUCACUGAGCAGCAGCACACCUUCUACUGCCAGCAGCUGGGCACGCUGCUCAUGUGUCUCAUACAUGUCUUCAAAAGUGGAAUGUUUCGCAGGAUCACAGCUGCAGCCAGCCGUCUCCUGAAGGGUGAGAAUGGACAGACAGUCACAGAGGCCAACCUCUUCUACCCCUUAGAAGGUCUGAACAGCAUGGUACAGUGCCUCAUCACCACCCACCCAUCCCUUGUGCUCCUCUGGUGCCAAGUUCUUCUCAUCAUUAACUACACCAACUACUCUUGGUGGGCUGAGGUUCAUCAGACACCCAGACGACACAGUCUCUCAUCCACAAAGCUGCUGAGCCCUCAUUCCUCAGGGGAAGGUGAAGAGGACAAGCCUGAGUCCCAGUUAGCAAUGGUUAACAGAGAGAUUGUACGCAGGGGAGCUGUAAUCCUCUUCUGUGACUAUGUGUGUCAGAAUCUCCAUGACUCGGAGCAUCUCACCUGGCUGAUUGUCAAUCAUGUUCGUGACCUCAUCAGCCUUUCCCAUGAGCCGCCAGUGCAGGACUUCAUAAGUGCUGUCCACCGCAACUCUGCUGCCAGUGGCCUCUUCAUCCAGGCCAUCCAAUCCCGCUGUGACAACCUCACUACUUCUCAGUGCUGUCUCCGUGGAGAUGUUUCCCUGUUGGAGAUGACAGAACUUCUUACCAAACUACCUCCUGCUGAUCUCUUCAGUGUCAUGAGCUGCAAGGAGUUCAAUCUAAGCCUUCUCUGUCCAUGCUUGAGUAUGGGAAUGCAGCGGUUAGCACGCGGUCAGGGGUCACUUUUGUUGGAGACAGCGCUGCAGGUGACCCUCGAACAACUAGCAGGGGUCACCGGGUCACUUCCUGCACCUCACCAGUCUUUUCUGCCACCGUCCCAACCCCAGCCCUACUGGGACCAGCUGGGUGAUGUGUAUGAUGAACCAGGGUUCUACCCCAGAGUUUUGUCACUCUGUAGAGCACUAUCUCAAUACCUGCUAAGUGUGAGCCAGCUCCCUUCUUCACUACAUAUUCCCUCAGACAAGGAGCACCUCAUCACCACCUUCACCUGCACUGCCACUGAGGUUGUAGUGUGGCGUCUGCUCCAGGACCGGCUGCCCCUGAGCGUGGACUUGCAGUGGGCACUUUCUUGCCUGUGUCUGGCGUUGCAGCAGCCCUGCGUCUGGAACAAGCUCUCCACCCCAGAGUACUCCACCCAUACCUGCUCCCUCAUUUACUGCCUUCGCCUUAUUAUUGUUGCAGUGGCUGUGAGUCCUGGUGACCAGCUGCUGCAUCAAGAGAAGAAAAUGGCAAAAGGAGAAAAAGAUGAUGGAGACCAAGUGGAUGCAGCACAUGCUGACCACAUAUGUGAGUGGCAAGCAUGUGAGAUCAUGGCUGAGCUGGUGGAGGGUCUGCCGAGCAUCCUUUCCCUUGGUCAUCGUAGAAACUCCAUUUUACCCACUUUUCUCACACCAACAUUGCGCAACAUUGUUAUCAGUCUGUCUCGGCUUCCUCUGGUCAACAGCUACACCAGAGUACCUCCACUGGUUUGGAAACUGGGCUGGUCCCCUCAGCCAGGAGGAGAGUUCGGCACAACGCUGCCUGAGAUCCCUGUGGACUUCCUUCAGGAAAAGGAUGUCUUCAGAGAGUUUCUUUACCGUAUUAAUACAUUGGGCUGGAGCAGCAGGACUCAAUUUGAGGAGACCUGGGCUACUCUACUAGGGGUGCUGGUCACCCAACCCAUCACUAAAGACCAGGAGGAGGACCCGCAACAGGAGGAGGACUUGGAGCGUACCCAGUUGAAUGUGUUAGCAGUGCAAGCCAUCACCAGCCUGGUGCUGAGUGCCAUGACCCUUCCCACUCCUGGCAACCCAGCAGUUAGCUGUCUGGAACAGCAGCCUCGCAACAAGAGCCUAAAAGCCCUGGAAACACGGUUUGGAAGGAAACUUGCAGUGAUUAGAGGUGAGGUGGAGAGAGAGAUUCAAGCGCUUGUGUCAAAAAGGGACAACGUCCAUACAUACCACCCAUACCAUGCCUGGGAUCCUGUGCCCUCACUAUCAGCAGCUUCUGCAGGUACGCUGAUCAGCCAUGAGAAACUGCUCCUUCAGAUCAACACAGAGAGGGAGAUGGGCAACAUGGAAUACAAACUGGGGCAGGUCUCCAUCCAUUCAGUGUGGUUGGGUAACAACAUCACGCCUCUCAGGGAGGAAGAGUGGGGUGAGGAUGAAGAAGAUGAGGCAGACACUCCGGCGCCCACCUCCCCACCUUUAUCUCCUAUAAACUCUAGAAAACACCGUGCAGGCGUGGAUAUUCAUUCAUGUUCUCAGUUUCUCCUGGAGCUCUACAGCCAGUGGCUGAUCCCCAGCUCUCCAAGUAACAGGAGAACCCCAACCAUCCUCGUCAGUGAAGUGGUCCGAUCGCUGCUGGCAGUGUCAGAUCUGUUCACAGAAAGGAAUCAGUUUGAUAUGAUGUUCUCCACCCUGAUGGAGCUGCAGAAGCACCAUCCACCCGAGGAUGAGAUCUUGAAUCAGUACCUUGUGCCGGCCAUCUGCAAGGCAGCAGCUGUUUUGGGCAUGGACAAGGUAAUAGCCGAGCCCGUGUGUCGCCUUUUGGAGACGACCCUGCGCAGCACUCACCUUCCCAGCCGCAUGGGAGCCCUGCAUGGGGUGCUGUAUGUGUUGGAAUGUGACCUUCUGGAUGAUACAGCUAAACAGCUCAUCCCCACAGUCUCUGAGUACCUUCUAUCGAACCUCAAGGCUGUUGCUCACUGUGUGAACCUGCAUAACCAGCAGCAUGUGUUGGUGAUGUGUGCAGUGGCUUUCUACAUGAUGGAGAACUACCCUUUAGAUGUGGGAGCUGAAUUUAUGGCUGGAAUAAUACAGUUAUGUGGCGUGAUGGUGUCGGCCAGCGAGGACUCCACUCCCUCCAUCAUCUAUCACUGCGUGCUUCGUGGUCUUGAGCGCCUCCUUCUGUCAGAGCAGUUGUCACGGAUGGACGGUGAAGCGCUGGUCAAACUCAGCGUGGAUAGAGUCAACAUGCCAUCUCCGCACAGAGCCAUGGCUGCUCUGGGCCUCAUGCUUACCUGCAUGUAUACUGCUGUGCUUACGUCGGGUUCAGACGUGACAGGGGUUAGAGGUCAGGUUGACUCUGCUGUAUCGGAGGCGGUGGGCGUCACGGCGGGUCAUGUUGGUUUCUCUUCAGGCAAGGAGAAAGCCAGUCCUGCCAGCCGCCCCGCCCAUUCUGAUCCUCAGGCCCCAGACAGCGAGUCAAUCAUUGUUGCCAUGGAGAGGGUCUCUGUGCUCUUUGACAGGAUUAGGAAGGGUUUACCCAGUGAGGCUCGUGUGGUGUCCAGGAUUCUGCCACAGUUUCUGGAUGACUUCUUUCCGCCACAGGACGUCAUGAACAAGGUCAUAGGAGAGUUCCUGUCUAAUCAGCAGCCUUAUCCGCAAUUCAUGGCGACAGUCGUCUACAAGGUUUUCCAGACACUCCACGCUACAGGCCAGUCUUCUAUGGUGCGAGACUGGGUGCUCCUGUCAUUGUCCAACUUCACUCAGAGGACACCAGUGGCCAUGGCCAUGUGGAGCCUCUCCUGCUUCUUUGUGUCUGCUUCCACCUCCCAGUGGAUCUCAGCACUACUGCCACACGUGAUCAGCCGAAUGGGCUCCAGUGAGGUGGUGGAUGUUAACCUGUUCUGCCUGGUGGCCAUGGAUUUCUACCGGCAUCAGAUUGACGAGGAGCUGGACCGCAGAGCUUUCCAGUCUGUAUUUGAGACUGUGGCCUCGCCAGGCAGCCCUUAUUACCAGCUGCUGGGCUGUCUGCAGUCAGUCCAUCAGGAUACAUCACUCUGAGGGCAACAGACAGAGAAGGGCAUGGAAGCACACGGAGAAAAGUGGUUUCAAGUGAGGUGUGGUAGGGUGAGAAAUUAGAUCUCUAUUUAUAAUUCCUGGAUGAAUUGUGACUAAGGGUAAGAACAGAAUGUUUUAUUAGGAAAAAACUACUGUAGCUUCAUCCCUUUUUGCCCUUUCAAUGAUAAUGAGAUAAGUAGAACUACUGAACCCACGGCAACAAAUUCAGUGGAGCGAGUAUUAAAAGGUUGAGGAAAAAAACAAAAAAACCCCAACCUGAAUUCAAUAUUAGGCUGUGUGUUUAAAUGUAAAAGGAGCAUUCUCUGACGAGGAACAGCAAGCUUCUGUAUCUGUGUGGAGAUUGCACCCACCCGACCCCACCCGCUCCCCUCAGAUGAUUCCUUGAGACAUGACUGCACCUUCAGCACUUCCCUCUCAGCACCUUUUGAGAUAUUUAGUAAAAAAAAAAAAAAGCCCAUGAAGAUGACGAUCAUCAAAUAAAGAAUUGGAUGAGUUUAUUUUCCUGUGGGAACUUGUGGGGAUUGAGUAUUGUGAUGUUAGUAAAGUAAACAAAAAUAGAAAAGUAUUUAAAGUUUCAGUGCAUCUAUUUUUCAGUGAGUCAUGUGCUUAAGGUCUGGUUAGGAUGCUGACAAUGGGCUGACACGUAAAAGUCAGAAACACCUGCUUGAAGUCGAUGAGUACAUUUCUUUAUGUGUUUAAGUUAUUUGUGGUCAUUCACACACUUAAGUUAAAUAGAAAAAUAUUUUAGAUGGAAGAAUGAGCACCAAUAGCCAUAGUUUUGUUUUGUUUUUUGUGUGCAUCUGUUUAUUUUUUGGGGGGGGUCUUUUUCCCCCCAGGGGAUUGGUUUUGCAAUUUUAAUUUGUCCCAGCAGAAGGUGUUUAUGGAUUUUGUUUGUAAGGGAGGGGAAAAAAACGUACCUAACUUAUAACCAGCGCUCGGCCACAUUUCCAUAUAUCUGCACUGACAUAACAGCAGAAACUGUCAAGCAUGGAAAAAUACCAAAAUUAUCAAAAUUGCAGUGAUGUUGUCUUCAUUUCUUUCCUUUUGUUUAACUAGUAGCAGAGGGGGCAAAAGAUUCCCUUUUGAUUUUUAUUACCUUGCUUACGUCUGUCUAGUCUUUUUGUUGUUGUUGUUGUUUUGUUGGUUUUCAUUGCAGUCUUGUUUGCUCCUCAGUGCACCUGAAUGAUUCCACCUGUCUUUUUCUUGUACCUUUGUUAAUUCUCAGGAUGUAAGAUGUGACUAUAUUAUUGUUGUAAUAAGACUGGAAGUGAUUUACAGUCCUCGUAAAAUAGUCACCUUCAUAUCUUGUAAAAAGUAAUUGUAUAGCAACAUAAAAGCCAUGGUGCAUGAUGAAAUGAGAACUGUAAAAACGAUAGGACUUAGACGGUAAGAUAAUGUGAUGCCAUUUUCUUUUGUCCUAACGCGCACGAGCACAGAAGAAAAUGAAAAAUUAGCGAAGAAUCGUCAGAAUGCGGAAAGCUGCAAGCUUCUAGUGUUUUAUUAAAGACUUGACCUCGAGCUGCCUGGGAGUGUGCUGGGCUUUGUUACUCUGUACAUACACUUGCCUUAGAUAAAAGACUGAAUAUGUUUGUCUUAUACACUGAAAGCUUGAAAGCAUGCUUAGCAUUAUGGCUAUUUUCUUUCUGUCUUUAAUACUGUAUUUCCAUGGGUACGGUUGACUUGUGUGGAAGAGAUGCAACACAAUCCAAAGGGAGCCUUGUAACCUUAGCGACCAACAGCAGCUUUGACAAAUCAACAGAUGAGGAAGUGUAGCAUAGCGGUGCCACGUCACAGCAGGAGUUCUUUGUCUGUUUUUUGUUGAGCUUUAAAAUAUUGUUUCGUCUCAGUUAGAGCAGUAAAUACUUCAUUAUUCAUUGUCUUUGUGCAGAAUAUUAAAUACACACGGCACUUAAAAAAAACACAAAAAAAACUAAGAGAAAAAAGUUCUUUUGAUGUUGAUGUUAGACGCUUUCUUUAUACGCAAUGAGUGCUGCAGUACAUUAAAAGUAAACAUCACAGUGAUUUGUAUGCUAAAUGUGUAACCGCUCACCAGUCUUAAAGCUGGUGACUGGUUUCCUUUGAUCAUGAGAAAAUAAUGUAUUCACACAAUGAAUGACAGAGUCCUCUGCAGCUGUUGAAAUUCCAAUGUGAGGCCUCGCUGAAGCAGAUUAAAGGAGCCUAAAUGAG